AACUGAAACAUCUGCAAGACAGACAAGUGAAUGACCAUGAAAGGUGCAAUGCUUUUGGUUUCAAGUAUCAUCUUCCUAAUGGAUGUGGUGAACUGCUGCCCCAAAAAAUGUCAGUGUCAUCAGUUUUCAAAGACAGUGGACUGUAGGAACAGAGGACUUGCUGAAGUUCCUUCCCACUUACCUGCUGAAACUCAGAUAUUACUGUUGUCAAAUAACCAAAUUCAGAAAAUCAAUCACAGUGUUUUUAUUGAUACAAUGAUCCUCAAAAUUCUGGAUUUAUCUAAUAAUUCUAUCUCAGGUCUGUUGCCUAACACUUUCAAAGGAUUGCGACAUCUACAGAUCCUAAAUUUAACUAGGAACUUCAUUGAAUACGUAGACAACAAGACUUUUAGUUCCCUCCCACGCUUAAAAGAACUGGAUUUAUCAUCCAACAAUAUUGUAAGUCUGCCUGGAACUCUAGGAAACAACACAGGGAACAUAACUUUACUGUCUCUGAAGCAUAAUAAACUUCAGAAAGUAGACAGACUUCUGUUAGAAUCACUCCCAAAUCUGAAAGUUGUUCUUUUCAAGGAUAACUCCUGGCUAUGCAACUGUCAUGUCUUUGGCCUUAAAUUGUGGCUGGAGACUUUUUUAUAUAGAGGAGGAAUUAGUGAUGGUGUGAUCUGCUCGACACCCGAAAAUUGGAAGGGCAAGGAUCUUCUAAAAAUCCCUUAUGAGAUGUAUGGGAUCUGUCCUACAGCUUCUCAUGUCAAAAAGGACAAUAUUCUUCUCUCUAGUUCAGCGCAUAAAAGCUCUCUGAAGCAUACCCAUCACAAUGAACAUGGAGAGAGCAACCGCUCACACUGUGAACUUAAACCAAAGCCAAGACCUGUUAGCUUGCGUCGUGCAAUUGCCACCGUAGUAAUAACUGGAGUGGUCUGCGGGAUUGUUUGUCUCAUGAUGCUGGCAGCUGCUGUGUAUGGUUGUGCCUAUGCUGCAAUUACUGCAAAAUACCACCGGGAACACUUGCCCCCCAGCAAGGAGAAGGGGAAUCUUGAGGGAAAGGAGCCAUUUGGGAGUUCAUUGGCUUGA